AAUACCCAACACCCCGGUCCCGCGGCUAGCCCCUUCCCCCAGGCUCUCUCCGCUCGAUUUCGCCACCGUUAUGUGGGAAGCGAAUCCGAAGAUGUUCCACAAAGCAGAAGAAUUCCUACCCAAAGCAACAGACAGUCAGAUGGAUGAGAUGGACACAUCAGACACCCAGUGGGGCUGGUUUUACUUGGCAGAAUGCGGGAAGUGGCACAUGUUCCAGAAAUGAAGCAAAUGAAUCUCACCACUGGAAAGCAGCGCUUAGUCAAAAGAGCCCCCUUUUCUAUCAGCGCUUUCAGUUACAUCUGUGAAAAUGAGGCUAUUCCCAUGCCAGCCCACUGGGAGAACGUGAAUACAGAAGUGCCCUAUCAGCUUAUUCCUUUGCACAGUCAAACGCACGAAUAUAAUGAAGUUGCUAGUCUCUUUGGGAAAACAAUGGAUCGCAACCGAAUUAAAAGAAUUCAGAGAAUUCAAAACCUAGACUUGUGGGAGUUCUUUUGCAGGAAAAAGGCUCAGCUCAAGAAAAAAAGGGGUGUACCUCAGAUUAAUGAACAAAUGCUAUUUCAUGGGACCAGCAGUGAAUUUGUGGAAGCAAUUUGCAUUCAUAACUUCGAUUGGCGAAUAAAUGGCAUACAUGGUGCUCUCUUUGGAAAAGGAACCUAUUUUGCUAGAGAUGCUGCUUAUUCCAGUCGCUUCUGCAAAGAUGACAUAAAGCAUGGAAACACAUUCCAAAUACAUGGUGUCAGCUUGCAACAACGGCAUCUAUUUAGAACAUAUAAAUCUAUGUUUCUGGCUCGAGUGCUAAUUGGAGAUUACAUAAAUGGGGACUCUAAAUACAUGCGACCUCCUUCCAAAGACGGGAGCUAUGUGAAUUUAUAUGACAGCUGUGUGGAUGACACCUGGAAUCCAAAGAUUUUUGUGGUUUUUGAUGCUAACCAAAUCUAUCCUGAGUACUUAAUAGACUUUCAUUGAUUGCACUAUCAAGUCUCAGUGACCAAGGAAGUUUGAUUCUUUCGUGCAGCAAGAUUUGCUCUCCUAUCAUCUAGCCACUAAACAUUAAUUGUCUGAUACUUUUGAAACAGAUAUGAGAAACAAGUGGCCUCCAUAUAAAAAGACAUACUGACAUUAAGGUUGGUUUUUAGUUGGUGUUUUGUUUUUGUCUGGUACUUAUAGUCCUAUUUUAAAAAAAUUGACACCAUUGCCAUUUUAACCCAUGGGGUGUGGGGCUGGUGGGGGUGAAGCUACCAUUCAAAAUUGAUUCCGCUGUGUCUCAAAUAGCAUGGGCAUUCACAGCCUUUAAAGUUGAUGCAUGUAUUAACAGGGUACAUGUUUUUCAGUUCAAAUAAACUGAUUCAUAUAUAUGUUCGGAAAAUGAAAAUAUAGGCAUAAAUGUGCCCCCUUGGAGGAAUUCAUCGUUUGCAAGUUGAAUUCUGGUUUUACUAUCUCGACAGUCACCAGCAUGUUGCUUUGUUGGUCUUCUG